AUGGGAACUUCAGUAUUUGUCAGUUGUCUGUACCUGACUCCUGACUUGACUGUAAACAAGGAACUGUCCAGUCUUUUCAAUGAGCUGUGGACGCUGGAUGUGAAUCGCGUGAAGCCUGGGAUAGACUACACAACAUCUGUUCAGGGUAGAGCCAAUUUUGUAAGCCAGCGAAGCCAUGUUGCACAGGAGCGUGUCUCACAGCCUCUGUUCUCCUGACAGAAGUAGUUUCUCACUUUCUGACCCUUCAAAGGCAGGUUAUAUGCAGACUUCAUUAUAAUAAAUGAGAUUUCUGUGCCUGCAGGGUUCAUGAAACUCCAGGACAGCUAUGAGCGGUCCACAGGCGUGACAGAACGAGUCACAACAGAGGAGCACACUGAAACUAGUCUCUUCCUGUAUGCUGUCUUCCAGACAGAUGUGAUGAAGCAGCUUCAUUAGUACCUGGUGAGCAAAGGACGGUCCAGCUUUGACUUGCUGUUUAAGAGUCAGCUACACUUAAUCUGGUUCCAGCUCUACCACCGACAGAGAAACAUAGGGGAGGAGCACAAUGGUCCUGGUCAACAUUGA